AUGGACCCGUUUCUCCAGGCUGCAAUUGACGAGGCCAAGCUGGGCCUGAGCGAGGGGGGCAUCCCCAUCGGCUCUGUGCUUGAGAUCGACGACAAAAUCGCUGCGCGCGGCCACAACCGCCGCGUUCAGCGUGGCAGUGCCGUGCUGCACGCCGAGAUGGACUGCCUCGAGAACGCCGGACGACUCACGGCCGCCGACUACGCGCGUGCCACGCUCUACUCGACGCUGAGUCCGUGCGACAUGUGCAGCGGAGCUGUGCUGCUCUACAAGAUCCCGACAAUCGUCGUAGGCGAGAACAAGACCUUCCAGGGCCCUGGAGAGUACGUGCGCUCACGAGGCGUGGACGUCAAGCUGCUGCAGGACGAGACGUGCAUCAAGCUCAUGCAGGACUUCAUCCACGACAAGCCGCAGCUAUGGAACGAGGACAUUGGCGUCUAG